GACACAAUUGUUGGAGCUGUUGUACAUCACCAAUAAAAAAAUAAAAUAAAAAAAACCCUAUUUACUGAAUUAAGCCAUUUUUUGUAUUCACACAAUAUGCUUACUCAUAAACUAACCAGAUGAUCUGGAUUCAUAUAAUAAACCAAGACAUUAAAAAACUAACCAAGGCUAAACAUGUUGUACUCUGAGGUUUGUAACCGGCCUGGUAUUGAACACAGUCUCAACUGUUUUGCCCAGGAUGUCAAGAGAUUCAUCAAUGAGACGUGGCUAAAGCGACACGGUGCUGGUCUCCCUCAAGAAACACUGGCUUUGAUGUGGUCCUUCAUCGUCUCAAUCUACUGCCUGGGUGGUCUUCUGGGCUGCUUAUGGAGUGGACCUCUGGCCAUGAGAUAUGGAAAAAAGAAAAGUUUAAUAUGCAGCAAUUUUAUCAUAAUCACGGGUGCCCUGCUUAUUGGUUCGAGUAAGAUGGCCAAGUCUUUUGAAAUGAUUCUGGUGGGCCGCUUCCUUUAUGGCAUCAGCGCAGGACUGUGCCUGAAUGUCCAUGGGCCGUAUCUUGGUGAAAUUUCCCCAAAGAAGUUCCGAGGCGUGGCUACUACCAGUGCUGCAGUGUUUUUUUCCCUAGGAAAAGCCUUGGGGCAAAUCAUGGGCUUAAGAGAUCUUUUAGGCACGGAGGUUCUGUGGCCCCUCCUGCUUGCUCUGUGUGGCUUCCCAGCACUGCUGCAGCUGCUCCUGUUGCCGUUCUUCCCAGAAUCCCCUCCAUACCUCUUGAGGCAAAAGAAGGACACCCAGGCCUGCCUAAAAGCCAUGAAAGACCUCUGGGGUGAAGGACAUCAGCAAACUGAAAUAGAGGACAUGUUGAAAGAGAUGGCCCUACCAGGCUCCAAGAACCUGAGUAUCUGGGAAGUGGUGAAGCAGCCCAGCUUGCGAUGGCCGUUGCUUAUUGUCAUUCUGCUGAUCAUGGGUUUGCAGCUCUCUGGCCUGAGUGCAAAAGUUCAGAUGAAAGGACUUGCAAUUUCCACUCUUCCACUCACUCCAGUGCUUCACGAGAUGCUUCUUUUUGAUCUGGAGGAUUCAGGAGGCAACUUACAAAAGAUCUACUUCUAUGCUUUUGAAGUUUUCCGCACUGCCAGGCUUGAAGAGGCGAUCAUCCCUUAUGUCACACUGGGCAUUGGCCUCUGUGAAUUUGUCUCUGUGAUCCUGUGUAGCUUCAUCAUUGACCACCUGGGCCGGAGAAUUCUGCUGUGGGGUGGUUUUGGGAUGAUGGCCCUCACUUUGGCCCUCCUCAUCCUCACUCUGUCUCUCCAGGAUCAGUCUCCCUGGAUUUCUUACAGCAGCAUUGCCCUCAUCUUCCUCUUCAUAAUUUUCUAUGGAAUUGGUCCAUCUGGUGCCAUCUUCUCUGUCAUGGUGGAGAUUUUCAGUCCUGCUGCAAGACCGUCUGCCCUUGCCCUUGCUGGCUCGGUCAGCUGGGUGGGCCUCUUUAUCAUUGGCUUAGGUUUCCCCUUUGUGGUGGAGGCCCUUAGUUACUACUGCUUCCUCAUCUUCUUCGGUGUGCUUGUUGGAAUGGGAAUUUUCAUCUACCUCUUCCUUCCAGAGACAAAGGGGAGGUCAAUCCUAGACAUAACAGAAGACCUCAACAGGAUUCCUCUAGGGAAGAAGGUCACAUUAACUGCUCUGGAAAAUAAUUCUCCUGGAAGCCACAGCAUCUGUACCAAGUUAUGACAACAGCCCUGCUGGGAAAAUGCAGGCUUUGAGGACUAAACCAAAUGCAGGGAUUUUACUAUGAAAAUCACCAGGCGAGGGAGGAGAGGGGCAGAGAAGGUACUCAUGAUGGGAUCAAGGCAGCCGUGGAGAAGGCAUCUGACUCUUUCCUCCUUCUGCUGAAGCUAGAAAGCCUAUAUUACCCCUCAGCCACCACAGGCACAGUCCCUGGGGCCUAUGAAACUUCUGGCAUCUACAAAAAAGCUUUAAGCUAAAAAAAGCCUGUAACAUCAACAUUUGUGUAUCCUAAAAUCAAAUAUAUUUAAGAUGUUAUUACCAUUUGAUUAUAUUUAUAACUGCUGCAAUGGGCCAGAAUGGAUGUGAUGACUCCAACUGAAUCUAUGAAUUCUGAUCAAGCCCAGACCCUGUAGGCAUAGUUACUUCACCUUGCACAGAUGUCAAUUCUGUCCUUAUAGCCUACAAAAACCUGAAUACAGGUAAUAAGA